UUUUCAUUUCCUUGGAGUUUUCGAUAGAACACAUUCAUUUAGCCAAUUGGAACUUUAAAGAUUGUGACAACAGGGGGUGUUUGGGCGGAAGUUGUGUUUUGAAGCCUUUACCGGUGUCUGGGGAAGAUGGCUGCGCUGUGAUGCAGAGGAGAGGAUUCAGGGGGAAGAGACUGAGCCUUAUAAAGUGAAUGAUAUAGCAGUAACAUAAGUGCCCAGACAUGGCGGUCUCUAUGGCAUCCCAGUUCUUCUCUCAGGAUGAGGGCGCGGCUGAGAUUUUGACAACCUCCGAGAGGGUUGUGGAAUUAUUAAAUACGGCUGCCCUCGCUACUAACGAUUCAAAAAUAACGAUGUUAAAACAGGUGCAAGAACUAAUAAUAAACAAGGAUCCAACACUUCUUGACAACUUUUUAGACGAGAUUAUUGCUUUUCAAGCAGAUAAAUCUGUGGAGGUGCGGAAAUUCGUGGUGAAUUUUAUAGAGGAAGCUUGUAAAUUGGAUAAUGAGCUCCUGAUGAAGCUUAUCGCCAACCUGCACAUGCUCCUGAAGGACGAGAACGUAAACGUUGUGAAGAAGUCUAUCCUGACCAUGACACAGCUUUAUAAAGUGGCCCUUCAGUGGGUUAUUCGCUCCCGAUCACGUUCAGAGCGACAGGAGUCCUGCUGGGAUUUAAUAACCGAGAUGGCUGGUGACAUUCUCCUUUUGCUAGAGUCUGAUAAUGAUGGGAUCCGCACUCAUGCAGUCAAAUUUGUAGAGAGUCUUUCAGUCACCCUCUCCCCUCGUACUUCAGACAGUGAGGUCCCUAAGAGACAAGAGGGGGACAUUAGCCUUGACCAGAUCCCAACAGAUCACCCAUACCUUAAAUACAAUGAUCUGUGUGAUGUUGGGAAGCAUGCUUUUAAGGAGCUGCUGAAGUUCAUGGCGCAUCCUGCCAUCUCCAGCAUAAAUCUGACUGCAGCUCUGGGAUCUUUGGCCUCUAUCGCCCGUCAGAGGCCUAUGUUCAUGGGAGAAGUGAUCCAGGCAUAUGAGUCUCUCCAUGCCAACCUGCCCCCUACUCUGGCAAAAUCUCAGGUGAGCAGUGUGAGGAAGAACUUAAAGCUGCAUUUGUUGAGUGUCCUACGGCACCCAUUAUCCUGCGACUACCAGGGUCCCAUCAGCACCCUCCUGCUGGACCUGGGAACCAGCCAGAGCGAGAUCACCAGAAAUCUUCCCCCUCCCAGAGAUAAUAGCCGCAAAAGGACCAGAGAAGGGGGUGAUGGGGCCCCAAAGAAGAGCCGCACGGAUACCCCGCUGGCUGAUGACGACGACGAGAAGGACAUGGUACCGAUGCCGCCUGCACCUCCCCCUGCGACCGUCACGCUAUCAGCCACAGAUAUCACUGCUGAGUUCCUUCGUCCUCUGCUUACCCCAGAGAGCGUGGCUAACCUGGUCCUCAUCAGUAUGGUUUACCUCCCGGAUACGAUGCCCACAUCAUUCCAAGCCACUUACACCCCUGUAGAAUCUGCAGGAACAGAUGACCAGAUUCGACAUCUUUCUCGACUAAUGGCCACGCAAAUGACAGCAGCUGGCAUCGGACCUGGUAUGGAACAGGCUAAAGAAAGCCCAGAAACCAUUGAGGAGGUGGUCUCCAAACCAGAGGGGUUGAUUAUUAAGCGUCGAGUAUCAGCCAUCUCAAAGGGUCAAGCCAUCUCUGUAUUGGGGGCUGAGAACAUAGGGAUCAAGGAAGAGAAAGCAGAAGAUGAAGCCCCUCUUGCCAAGAGACGUCCAGAGCCCAUUAUACCAGGCUCUCAGUUGAGGUCGGCUGGAGCCAUUGGCCGUAAGAAGAUGUUCCGACUGAAGGAGGUGUCUGAGCCGCUGUCAGAAGCUCAGAUGAAAUUUUUAAAGUUGGGAUCCGUACGACGCAUCCUCCAGGCAGAGAAAAGCGUGGGGAACAGUGGUGGAGCACAGAUGAGGGUGAAGGUCCUUGCCCGCCUGGUAACACAUUUGGACCCAACAAUAAAGGCUGAAGUUCUUGCUCACAUCUUGGCGGACCCUCGGGGGCGUUUGGACCUGGCCCUUGCCUGGCUGUAUCAGGAAUACUGCGUGUACCAGUCUGGGAGUGGCGGAACUGGUUACCAUGACUGUCUGACGGGUGUGCUUACUGGGCUGCAGGAGCGGCCUGACCAGAGGGACGGGGUUUUUACUAAAGUUGUUCUGGAGGCUCCGCUGCUCACAGAUGCUGCACUGGACGUUGUGCGAAAAUACUGUGAAGAUGAGGGUCGCAGUUACCUAGGGAUGUCCACUCUGAGAGAUCUCAUCCUUACUCGACCGGCGAGGCAAUUCCAGUACCUGCAUCUCUUGCUGGACAUGAGCUCUAAUGAAAAAGAGAAGGUGCGCCAACAGUCCCUUCUAUUCAUUAAACGCAUGUAUGAUAAGGAAAGUCUUCGCCAAUACAUUGAAAAAUUUGCCCUCAACUACCUGCAGCUGCUAGUGCACCCUAAUCCACCAUCUGUGCUGUUUGGUGCAGAUAAGGACACAGAGGUGGCUGCCCCCUGGACAGAGGACACCGUGAAGCAGUGUCUGUAUCUCUACUUGGCUUUGCUCCCACAGAACCACAAGCUGAUACAUGAGCUGGCAUCUGUAUACACUGAGGCCACUGCUGACAUCAAGAGAACUGUCCUAAGGGUCAUUGAGACACCGAUCCGAGGCAUGGGGAUGAAUUCUCCAGAGCUGCUACUGCUGGUGGAGAACUGUCCCAAGGGCGCCGAGACUCUGGUGACCCGCUGUCUGCACAUCCUCACUGACAAAGUGCCUCCAUCUCCUGAACUGGUCAAGCGAGUACGAGAGCUUUACCAGAAGAGGCUCCCGGAUGUUCGGUUCUUGAUUCCUGUACUGAACGGGCUAGACAAGAAAGAGGUCAUCCAGGCUUUGCCUAAACUUAUCAAGCUAAAUCCCAUUGUCGUAAAGGAGGUGUUCAACCGACUGCUGGGUACACAACAUGGUGACAUUGGCCCCUCCAUGUCCCCUCUAACUCCUGGAGAUCUUCUGGUUGCUCUUCACAACAUUGACUCCAGUAAAUGUGACAUGAAGUCGAUAAUUAAAGCCACAAACCUGUGCUUCUCAGCCCGAUCCGUUUACACAUCGGAGGUCCUGGCCGUGGUCCUUCAGCAGCUCAUGGAUACGACCCCUCUCCCUAUGCUUCUCAUGAGAACCGUCAUUCAGGCGCUAGGGAUGUACCCCAGACUGGGCGGUUUUAUCAUGAACAUUCUAGCGCGGCUCAUCUACAAACAGGUCUGGAAAUAUCCCAAGGUGUGGGAAGGUUUCAUUAAGUGCUGCCAGAGAACCAAACCUCAGUCUUUCAGUGUCCUCCUCCAGCUUCCACCUCCUCAGCUCUCCUCAGUCCUGCAGACCUGCCCCGAUCUUCGGGACCCACUUCUAGCUCAUGUUCGGAUGUUCACGCCUCACCAGUUAAAUCACGUCCCUCAGUCAAUCAUUGAUAUUCUAAAGGCUGAAUCCAGAAUAGACCCAGAACUAGAAGAAGUAAAAGAGGAACCAGAAAUACCAGCCCAGGAUAUUAUUGCUCGACGUCUGGCUCAGGAAAAAUCCUUAAAGAAACAGAUUCUUCAGGAACAAAAGGUCCGGAGCCCCCAGCAAAUAGAAGAAAAACUAGAACCAGACCUACCUACAAUCUUUAUAGAUGAAGAAGAGGAGGCAAUGACGGUGCAGGAUAAAGAAGAAACCCCUGAGAAUCCUCCUCCUGUUGCUGCCAACACGGCACCUUCACCUGAUGUCGAGGAGCCUAUGGAGGAGGGGUCAGAGCAGAAAGAGGACUGAGAGGCCGAUACCUAUCUCUUUAUUUUUUCAUUUCAUAUUUUUCAAGUCUUGUCUUAAAAUAAAUAUUAAACUUGU